AUGGGUGAUCCCAUUGGUAGAGAGGCGUCAGGCGGCUGUGGGUGUUCCAAUUUCGGACAUUCCUGUUACGGUGGUAUGGGAAAAAGGGCUUCUACGGAUGAUCCUUACAAUACAAAUGAAGUAGUUUUGCAAAACGGAUAUCAGGACUUGGAAGAAAAUCCAGCAUUUGUUUUUACCGGACCCAGGAGCUCCUUCUCGCCAAAGGCCAAAAUGAAUCAGCAGCAGUACGACAACUUGUCUAGAUUAAUCAGGCAAUGGUCAUCCUGUUCCGGCCUAAACAUUAUAAAUGCUUCACAAACUAGAGAUACCACCAUACUUAAUGAUAUUUGCAACAAACUAUUUCAGAAGUCAGACCAAGGAAUUAGUAGUUACCUUAAGAAUCCAGAAAAGGGAUGA